ACAGUACUGUAUUCAAAUGAUCUAACUUACGUUUCACUCUCUUAUCAAUUCACUGAUUACGACAAUACGAGUGAAACGUAUUGUGUUUUGCGUGUCGUUUGCCAUUCAUUUUGACACUAUUUUUGGACUCAUUUUCUUCACGUUUCUCUCAAAACGAAACCAUUUUUUGGCACUUUUUUCAUCAAAUAGUUUACAUUUAUUAGUGUUUAUUAUAAACACAUAAACGUGUGUUUGUGUCGUCCAUACAACCAACACAUCCAUACAUCCAUUGUGUGCACUGAACGGCCAUUUCAUCUGAUAAUAGGAUCCGAGGACUGAGUGGACAAUGAAUUUCUUGCGAUCAAAUGCCACAACAGAAGGGCCACCGACGCCGACCCCGCACUCGGAUGUGCCCUGGCUUUUGACUACCGGAGCCAAAGUGGUCGCCACUAUUGCCGGACUCUUUGGUGUCGCGUCUGGAUUUAUGGGCGUAUUCUUCAACAUCUUGAGCCCGACGUGUAUUUUC